AUGUGUGUGCACGUGUUCGGGAACAGCCCGUCUCCUGCAAUAGCUACUUACGGGCUUCACAAGAGUGUACUGAUGGUGGAAGACACAUACGGGUCAGAUGUGGCUAAUUUUGUACUACAAGAUUUCUACGUUGAUGACGGUCUUGUUUCACUGCAGACUCCACAAGAGGCGAUAGACUUGAUGAAACGGACUCAACAGGCACUGGAUACUGGUGGAAAGUUGAAGCUACACAAGAUAUCAUCAAACAGCAGAGAGGUCAUGAAGGCUUUCCCGAAAGAAGAUCUGGCGAAAGAUCUAAAAGAUCUAGACUUGGGACAUGAGAAUCUCCCUGUACAGAGAAGUCUUGGAAUGAACUGGAACCUAGAUUCUGAUUAUUUCACGUUCACAAUUUCUGAAGAAAUCAAGCCAUGCACAAGACGCGGUAUUUUGUCUACACUGAACAGUCUUUUUGACCCUCUGGGAUUUAUCUCCCCUGUCGUAGUCCAUGGACGGAUCAUCAUGAGGGACCUGAUGUCGAAAUCUCCAGACUGGGAUGAGCCAUUGCCAGUCGACACUAGGGAUCAAUGGGUAAAAUGGUGCGAAUCAUUAAAACAUCUUGAGGACUUGAAAGUCCCACGAACUUACCUUGAAGGGUCACUUAGUGCUACAGUUGACCAACAGAUUCACAUAUUUUCGGAUGCAUCCGAGAAAGCAAUAGCUGCUGUCGCCUACCUUAAGACAAUAGAUGCAAAUGGAGACACGAGUGUUGGCUUCAUCAUAGGAAAAUCUAAGGUUUCACCCAAACACGGACAUACAAUUCCAAGGUUAGAGUUGUGUGCAGCGGUAUUAGCUGUAGAAUUAGCGGACAUCAUUUGUGAACACUUACACAUGCCAGUUGGACAAAUGAGAUUUUACACAGACAGUAGAGUGGUACUCGGAUACCUCCAUAACCGUGUGAGACGGUUCUAUGUGUACGUAGAAAACCGUGUCAGUAGAAUUCUAAAACUCUCGAGACCUGAUCAGUGGUGUUUUGUGCCUACUAAAGAAAACCCGGCGGACCUGGGUACGAGACCCACACCGGCAGAAACUCUUCAAGACAGCAUUUGGCUUUGCGGACCAAGUUUUCUUCUCACCGAGACACGCGACACAGAAGACAUGUACCAGCUUCACUCUCCAGCAGACGACCCAGAGAUACGUCCAGUCAUACAGUGCAUAAAAACAAAUAUUGUGUCUAAGACAUAUCUAAACACAAGAGGCUUUGAAACUUUCUCUCAGUGGAGUAGAUUGGUGAAUGCACUGGUGGUCUUGAAAAGAUUUGUGCGACGUGUUUAUAGGAAGCUACAUGGCGCCAGUGACUCCAUUGACAAUGAGCACGUUGAAAAUCAUGAGCUGAAAACAUUUGCGAGAAAAUUGUGA